AAAUCUCGACAGCAAAACAAAAAUCAUAAGAGAAUUAAUAUCAGCAGUUACAAACGUUACUAUGUAGUAUGAAAAUGAGGAUUACUAGGAUGGGGUGGGGCAAAACAGUAAUUCCGAGAAACACAAAAAAGAAGAGGUUGAAUUCCUUUGACCUAAAUACCCUCUUUUUGAGGAUGGCCCCAAACCUGUAUUACCCUUCUCAGCCCUCAGAAGCGAUGCUUCUGGUACCCCUCUAAUUCCCAAUCUUCCUCUCUUCUCCUUACCCUUCUUCCUCUAAUUCCGAUUUUCUCCAUCUCCCCGCCAAUUUUCCUCAACCUCUUUUCAAAUUCCUCUUCCUUCUCCCUCAAUCCACAAAACCCCUUCGAUCCCCAUCUUAAUGCUCUAAACCAUCGUCUCGCUACCCUUUUCACCAUUACCCACCUCCCCUUCAUGUUUUUUCCAGAUCCUAAGACCAUGGUUUCCUACCCUUUUGGGAAAAGCUUAAAGCUUUCAGUUUCAUCAUAGGAGCCUGACAUGAUUUAAUUGAUUGCAACAAUCAAACGGUACAUUAUUAUGUGUUUGAGGUGGGGUGCUUGGAGAAAGGAUAGAAAAGUAAAAACCCAGAGCAAUUAUUGUCUUGUGUGGUAUGCUUUGCAAAGUGGUUGUAUGAUCUUAAGUUAUUUUGUUUGUGUGUUUCUUUGCAGUGAUGCAUACAAUUCAGGACUUUUAACAUUAAUGUGCUUGACAGAGGAUUAAUAUAAUAUGGUUUAUCUGACUUAUCUUUUGUUAUCCGUGGGAUCUUGUAAGAGUGUCUUGGCCAUAAAGCAGUUAUUUGUAUUAUAAGUUGAGCUUCGGUUCUUCUUGUUGUAGCUAUACACAGUGAUUUACAUCUGCAAUGGCUAACCAUGAUUUGAUACUUGGUCAAAGUCACAAUUUAGCACUUGGUCAUGACCAGCAAUUGGUGCUGGGUCAUAAUCAUAAUUUGGGCCUAAGCCAGAACCAUGCAUUGGAACUGGGAUCAGCCCACGAACAUCAUUUAGGCCUGGGACAAACCCAUGAUCAUGAACUGGGCUUGGGACAUGCCCAUGACCAUGAAUUGGGAUUAGGACAGAACCAUGAUCAUGGAGAUGAUGAUGAUCACACUUAUGAGGAUGAGCAUGAGCUAGCCAUGGAUCAAAAACCCGAGCAUGAUGACCAUGAGUUGCCCCUUCCUGGACAAAAUCAUGAGUUAGUCCUAGCAGAGAACAAUGAUUUGACUGUUUCAGAGAACCAAGAACUUGAUGAGAAUAUGGACCUGGCUGUGGUUCAGAACCCAGAAAUGGGAAUUGAUUCUGCUAAUGAAAUGGAUGUUCAACAGUCACAACUUGUGGUUGCUUCUGCAGCCCCUGUAAUUCAAGCUCGUACUGUUAGUCCUAGUUAUGAAUUGUCAGUGGGGCAAGAAUUCCCUGAUGUCAAGAGUUGCCGAAGGGCAUUAAGGGAUACAGCAAUUGCUCUUCACUUUGAGAUGCAGACUAUAAAAUCUGACAAGACCCGCUUUACUGCCAAAUGUGCCAGUGAAGGAUGUCCCUGGCGCAUUCAUGCAGCUAAGCUUCCAGGGGUUCCGACCUUUACUAUUAGGACAAUCCACGAGAAUCAUACGUGUGGAGGAAUUUCUCAUCUUGGCCAUCAGCAAGCUUCAGUUCAGUGGGUUGCUAGUUCUGUGGAGCAAAGGCUGAAGGAGAACCCUAAUUGCAAGCCAAAGGAGAUAUUGGAAGAGAUUCAUAGGGUUCAUGGCAUCACCUUAUCGUAUAAGCAAGCUUGGAGAGGCAAGGAGCGUAUCAUGGCUGCAAUGCGUGGAUCUUUUGAAGAAGGCUAUCGCCUGCUUCCACAAUACUGUGAGCAGGUGAAACGUACAAAUCCAGGCAGUAUUGCAUCUGUUUAUGGAAAUCCUGCUGACAAUUGCUUCCAACGUCUCUUCAUUUCCUUUCAAGCAUCUAUAUAUGGUUUUUUAAAUGCUUGUCGGCCACUCUUGGGGCUUGAUAGAACAUAUUUAAAGAGCAAGUAUCUCGGCACAUUGCUUCUUGCUACAGGAUUUGAUGGUGAUGGGGCUCUCUUUCCUCUAGCAUUUGGUGUUGUUGACGAGGAGAAUGAUGAUAAUUGGAUGUGGUUUCUGUCUGAACUUCAUAACCUGCUUGAGAUCAACACUGAAAACAUGCCAAGGCUUACUAUUUUGUCUGAUAGACAGAAGGGAAUUGUGGAUGGAGUGGAAGCAAAUUUUCCUACCGCUUUCCAUGGAUUUUGUAUGCGCCAUUUGAGUGACAGCUUUCGUAAGGAAUUUAAUAACACCAUGCUUGUCAAUCUUCUAUGGGAAGCAGCUAAUGCUCUUACUGUAAUUGAAUUUGAAGCAAAAAUUUUGGAGAUUGAAGAGAUAUCACAUGAUGCUGCAUAUUGGAUUCGAAGAAUUCCAUCUCGUCUCUGGGCCACUGCUUAUUUUGAAGGGCAAAGAUUUGGUCAUUUGACAGCCAACAUCGUUGAAUCUUUAAAUACGUGGAUAUUGGAGGCAUCUGGGCUUCCGAUAAUUCAAAUGAUGGAAUGCAUUCGAAGGCAGCUAAUGACUUGGUUUAACGAGCGCCGAGAGACCAGCAUGCAGUGGACAUCAAUACUUGUUGUACCUUCUGCUGAGAGAAGUGUUGCAGAGGCUCUUGAACGUGCCCGCACAUAUCAGGUUCUUCGCGCCAACGAAGCUGAGUUUGAAGUUAUAUCCCAUGAAGGAACAAAUAUUGUUGAUAUCAGGAACCGUUGCUGUCUUUGUCGUGGCUGGCAGCUCUAUGGUUUGCCCUGUGCUCAUGCUGUGGCAGCACUUCUCUCCUGCAGGCAGAAUGUCCAUAGGUUCACAGAAAGUUGUUUCACUGUUGCAACUUAUCGCAAGACAUACUCACAAACCAUACAUCCAAUUCCUGAUAAAUCUCUGUGGAAGGAAUUAUCUGAGGGGGAUGCUAAUGCUAGCAAAGUUGUUGAAAUUGUUAUCAAUCCUCCUAAAUCACUUAGGCCACCUGGGAGACCCAGAAAGAAGCGAGUUCGAGCAGAAGACCGUGGGCGUGUUAAGCGAGUGGUGCAUUGUAGUCGUUGCAAUCAAACAGGCCACUUUAGAACCACAUGUGCAGCUCCCAUCUAAGUUGCUGAAAUAAUAAAUUGGACCAUCUUUAGUUAUGUUCCCUCUGCCAAUUACCAAAGCGUUUCUGUAAUCCUGUUUAUUAUUUAUUUAGGCUUGAUAGGUUGACUGGCGAGUAAAUGAUGCAUGUUAUUUACUUGAUAUUAAUGUGAAUUAAUUUUAGCAGAUACUCUACGUGUAUAUACACUCCAAUAAUUGGAAUUGUUCAAUAACGCAGAUAUAUGGCAUGAUUUUCCGUUUCUUAGAGUAUUUCCUUUUGACUAUAUUUUUGUAGGGAUGUUCGAACCUCAAAUUUUGUGAGGGGAGGGAAGCACUUAUGAUGAGGUCUUUACAUAUGCUUCCUUCUUAUUGUGAAUAUUGUCUGGUUUUUAUCUUUCAAUAUAAAUAGAUUAACUUUAUCAAACUCAAAUUAAUCUUUUUAUCACCAAAUUAAACUUUAAGAUGACAUGAAGUUAGUCUUUAAAAAAACUAAAAUGACAGCAUUAAUCAUUAAAAGAAUAUGCCAUUGAUGAGUAGAGUUGACAUGUUAUCUCAUUAAUUUUAAAAGCCCAAAAUAAGUUCAGAAUGAUUGUUUAUUUGAAAAGGCUCUCUUUUUUAAGUUACUAAAAUUUAUGUGAAGGAGUAUUUCAAUAAAUAAAGACAAACGUGCAAAGAUAUUCACCGAUAAAAACCAAUAACCCCAAUUGUGUAUUGCAAUUUAUGACCAUAGGAACAAAAUUUUAACUAUAUAUUUAUAUAAUUAUACAAAAAAAUGCCAAUAAAUUAUAAAGGGUUUGGUAAAUAAAAAAAAAGGUCUAAAAAUUUUGUGGCGAUGUAUGAUACACGGAAUCGGCUUUUUUUUUAUCCUCAACUUGCUAUGGACCAGUAUUAUGUUAUUCGGUUUGCUCUGUGCUUAGCUAAUGUGUGUUUUCACGUUGCCAUUUCAAAUAUCAUAUUAGUCCAGAACAUUGCAUGUUAUUUAAUGGAAUGGCGGAGUAUAUUUGGUUUAUGCAUGAGAGAAAUUGAACCGAUGUUAUCCAUUGGCAUCACAAGCAAACUGGCAAUUGCAUUAGCUAAGAGUGUAGAUAAAAUAAUUCACUUGUGUUAACAAUAUUUUAUUAUUUUAGUUUAUUAAAUUAGUAUUAUAAUCAAUAAGUCGUUUCGAUAUUUUAAGAAUAAUUUAGUUUGUUAUUAAAUAUUUUGGUUAUAUAAUUAGUUUAAGUUUCUUUUACUUAUUAUAAAUACGUUAUUGCUAUUGAAUAAAAGUUGAGUUCUUUCUUCAUUUAUUCUUCUCACACUUAUGUGUAUUUCUUUUUCUUUAUUUUAUUUUAUUUUUUUACCAUAAAACCAUCAAAGUGGUAUCAGAGUUAUCUUCUUACGUAACUAUGAAAAUGAAUGUUGGAUUAAAUUUCUCACAAGUUGUUCUUCAUCUCUUUGAUAAAGAAAAUUAUGAUCUUUUGGCUAUCAAAAUGGAGACUUACCUAGAAGCUUUAGAUCUUUGGGAAGCUGUUGAAGAGGAUUACGAAGUUCUUUUGCUGCCGCACAAUCCUACCAUAGCUCAAAUAAAAAGUCACAAGGAGAGAAAAACACAAAAGAUAAAGGCAAAAUUAUGUUUUUUUGCUGAUGUUUCAACAACUAUUUUUAUUGUGAUCAUGACCUUAAAAACAGUAAAGGCAAUUUGGGAUUAUCUUAAGAAAGAAUAUGUUAGGCAUAAAAAUAUUUAAUGCAUGCAAGUGUUGAAUUUGAUCAAAGAAUGUAAACUCCAAAGAAUGAAAGAGUUUAAGACAAUCAAAGUAUAUUAAGACAAACUGUUUGGCAUAGCUAACAAGGUAAGAUUACUAGGUACUGAUUUUCCUGAUUCUAGAAUUGUAGAAAAGAUUCUUGACAGUGCCUGAAAAAUAUGAGGCUACAAUCACCACCUUAAAGAAUGCCAAAUACCUGUCCAAAAUCAUACUAGUGGAACUCUUAAAUGCCUUACAAGUACAAGAACAAAGGUGUGCAAUGAGACAAGAAGGUGUUAUUGAGGGAGCCUUACAUAUUACGCAUCAUGAAAGUGCAAGAUACAACAAGAAGAAAUCUUCUCCUCCAUAUCAUCAUUGUGGAAAAAAUGGUCAUCCUCCUUUCAAAUGUUGGAGAAGGCCAGAUGCACAUUGCAGUAAAUGCAACCAAAUGGGAUAUGAAGAAGUUACAUGCAAAAAUCAAAACCAACACCAAGAUGAAGAGACUAAGAUUGCUCAUUAUGAGGAAAAAGAUCUAUUAGGCCUGUAAUUUAUUAUUGAGUGAUCUGUAAUAUUUUAUACUUGUUAAAGGUUAAUUGAAUGAUUAUUAGUAUUGGAAUAGAUUUAGAUGGUGUUUU